AUGAAACCAGCAGAGAUCAGAUUCUCUCUACAGAGACCUCUACAGCACAGAGAUCCAGACAUGACACCUACAAUCACUGCAGCAAUGACCAACUCUCAGGAGCAUCUGACUCUAACCCACAAGCUCAGAAAACCUCUGGUGGAGAAGUUACGCAGAGAGCGAAUCAACAGCAGCAUUGAGCAGCUCAAGUCUCUCCUGGGUCCAGAGUUCCUCAAACAGCAGCCAGACUCUAAGCUGGAGAAAGCAGACAUCCUGGAGAUGACAGUUUGCUUCCUGACACAGCUGCAGCAGCAGAAUCAACAGCAGAGAAGACUGCUGAACCACGUCAACAAGCUGCAGUCUUCCUCUGAUAAGAACCUGAGAGAGGCUGACUUCUCCCUGAGCUCCACAGUCCAGACCAGCAUCACCAAAGACAAGAGUCCAGUCAACAGCGCCCUCUGGAGGCCGUGGUAGACACCUGCAGACUGGAGUUUCUACCAGAUAAACUGAGAUGACCAUGUUGGUCAAAGAUCACUGGAACUGAAUUCUAUGAAAUCUAAGGACUUGUUCUUCUGUAUGAACAGAAGGCCUUUUAAUUACUUUAUGUUUACUUCAAACUUUCUUAUUGAGAAAAACAUCAUGUCCUGUGGAAAUAGCGAAACAAAGUAACAUUAUCUUUCGUAUUAAGAAAGAGCCUUUGUCAUGCAUGUUGCAUGAAUCAUAUCAACAUUAAGCAAAUGAGAAUUUAUCUUGGCACAAAACUGUUCACCACUUGGUGGUGGUACUUGAUGAAAUGAAGUAUACUACUUCUGGAGUGUCUGAUCAUUUUGAUCAAAAACUUUGUUCUUUGUCUGGACAUUUUCUCUCAGCUGACUUCAUUUUAAAGUCUUUGAUUACUAAGUAUUGAUCAGUUAUCAGAUCAACAUGUAUUUUUAUUUUUUUUUAUACUUUUGUUGUUUUCAUGAGAAUGUAUUGACUUUACUUGAUAUUAACCUGCAUGGAUCACUAUGUGAUUAUCCUAAAUUGAUCUGUUCUAAGAUCAGUUGUUCUACUUGGACUUUCUGAUAAAGUGCAGAUUAUGCUCAUUUUGAAACAUGUUUUAUGUAAAUCUGAAUGAAUAUGAAUCUCACACCGUUUGUCUUUUGUAAAGACGACUGUUCCUUGACUCAUUUUGAGUGCAGUGUGUCUUGGUGAUGUUACCAAGUUAUAGUUGUGAUGUAUAGUCACAACUAUCUUCCUCUAGUAGGAGCUUUCAUAAAAUGUAUA